UUGGUUAUCCCGUACGAGAGAGGAAGAAAGAAAGCAGUUGAACAGUUAAACAGACAAUCUGCCGCUUUCACUUGCACCACUCUUCACUUCUGCACUUUUGCUUCCCACUGGAAAGAAAUGCAAAGCCUCCAAUCCCUUCCUCUCUUCACUUUCCCUAAAACCCUAAACCCUCAUUUCUCCCCAACCCACCACCGCUGGCCCCUGUAUUCCCCCAAAACCACCAAGCCUAUCUCCUCUCCCCCUCCUAAUUGCUUCUACUCGGACGAGUUCCCCGUCGACGAGACCUUCAUCCAGAAAUUCGCGCCCAAGGACAAAGAAACCGAGGACGAAGCUCGCCGGAAGAACUGGAUUGACCGGGGAUGGGCUCCCUGGGAGGAAAUACUCACUCCGGAGGCCGAUUUCGCCCGCAAGUCUCUUAACGAAGGCGAAGAAGUCCCGCUCCAAACCCCGGAAGCUAUCGAGGCUUUCAAGAUGCUGACCCCCAAGUACCGUAAGAAGAAGAUGGAGGAGAUGGGGCUGACGGAGGAUGAUUGGUACAGCAAGCAAUUCGAGUUUAAGGGCGAAAUUCCCCAACAGCUAGAGACCUAUUGGACGGCGCCGUUAGUCGUCCGGCAAAUGCCCCCAAGGGAUUGGCCCCCGCGAGGUUGGCAAGUGGAUAGGGAGGAGCUGGAGGUGAUGAGGGAGGCCCAUAAGUUGCAGGCGGAGAGAGUUAGUUUGGAGGAGUUGGAGAGUGAAGCCACUUCGGAUAAGGAUGAACUCUGUUUUGAUAGGUACAAGGUGUUCUUGAAGCAGUACAAUGAGUGGGUUGAUGCCAAUAAGGAUCGAUUAGAAGAAGAGUCUUACGAGCUAGACCAGGACUAUUAUCCAGGCAGGAGAAAGAGAGGCAAGGAUUACAAAGAAGGAAUGUACGAGCUUCCAUUUUACUAUCCUGGACAGAUAUGUGAAGGAAAAGUGGUGGCCUUAGCUCUGUCUCAGGGAGCCUUUGUUGAUAUUGGAGGUGUUCAUGAUGGCUGGGUCCCUAUUAGAGGUAAUGACUGGUUUUGGAUUCGCCACCACAUAAAAGUCGGUAUGCAUGUUAUAGUUGAGAUUCUGGCAAAGCGUGAUCCAUAUCGCUUCCGUUUUCCUAUUGAAAUGCGUUUCGUCUUUCCGAACAUAGAUCAUUUGAUAUUCAACCGGUUUGAGUUUCCACCAAUAUUUCACAGGGAUGAGGAUACUAACCAAGAGGAACUAUUGCGCGAUUGUGGAAGACCUCCUGUGCCAAGGAAAGACCCAGGAGAGAAGCCAGAAAAGGAGGCACUGUUGUCUAAUCAUCCUUAUGUUGACAAGUUAUGGCAAGUUCAUGUAGCAGAGCAAAUGAUGGUGGGUGAUUGGGUUAAGAAUCCAGAUAAAUACAAAGGCAAAAAGAUAUCAGAGUUGACCAACGAUGAAGAUAUUGAUGAACAAAACAAUGUUGUAUACGGUGAAGCUUACCACAAGAGAACCGUACUGCCUAAAAUGACACUGAUAACAAGUGUCAAAGAACUCGAUCUGGAGGCUGCAUUGUGUGAAAAUGAGCAUCACAGCAAACUCCGAAUGGAAGCGAAGUCAAGAGGAGAGAAGUAUAAGAUUCACAAGCUAAAGCGAAAUAUUGAAAUGGAUGAGUACGACCUGCUACAUUGGCGUCGAUCCUUUGAGGAAAGAGAAGCUUUGCUGAGAGACAUCAGCUGCCGUCAAGCUGUUGGCCUGCCACUGGAAGAACCUGGAAGGUACAAGCCAGCAAGCUUCUUCGGGAAGGAGCAAUACGAUCCUGAAAAUCCAUUAUACAGAUACGACUACUGGGGCGAACCAAAGAACUCAGAGAAGAGUAAACAAAACAGAAUGAUGGAUGCUCACAACAAAUCAAUUGUGGGUAAGGGCACAGUUUGGUAUGAUAUGUCGUAUGAAGAUGCAAUGCAACAGCAGAUUCAAAGGGACGCCGCCCUUUCCAAGGCUUCUUCCCCAGCCCAGCAAAAGGAAGCUGAAGAACAAGAAGAAUCAGAUGAUGACGAAGACGACGAAGACUGGGACUACAGUUUUUUAAGUGAUUCCAGCGCUAACUUCUCCGAACAACCAGUAGUGGUCAACGGCACUGAAUCACCUGGGUUGUCAGACGAGGGCAUGUUUGAGAAUUCACCCUAAAGAUAACGGCAUUGUUAUCAAUAUCAAUUGUGUUGUGGAAACAUGGACCUGAUGCAAAAAAUGAUUGAUGUAAUGUUACAAAAGAAAGCAAAUUUUCUGUGUGUUCCUUAUAUGUCAGAAUGCGUAGAAUCACAUCAUCGUUCUGGCAGUUUCUACUCAAUAACUGGGAACUUUCCUCGCAGGAGAUGCAAUUUCUACUAAACUAGCUUUUGAUUCGGUCUGUCGGCCGAACUACUUUUAAGUUAUUGAUGCAUGAAAUGGGAAAUAGAGGAAGAGCAGAAC